UGGAGAGCAGGAGAGGAAGAUGAAAGAACGUUACCCGAACUUUUGAAAGAUGAAGUAUUUGUGGAUUUCUUCAACACCUUCCUCAACCUACCUGUUUUUGGACAGACCCCUCUCUACCUUCUGCGUGACAACAAGUGGAUUCUGUGUCCUGAAGUUCAGCACUCCCAACAGGUGGAUGGACACGGGUUUCUGCAGUGGUUGGCAACACAUCGAUUAGCCUUAUUUAAGCAAACUGAGCUAUAUCACCACUACUUGCUAUGCACAGAGGUCCUGCAGCUUCCGUCCUUUCAAACCAAAGUGGAGCAGCCAUGGUCCGGUGCAGAGCAGUGGCUGCUGAAGAGGUGUGUGGGCAGUGUGAGGGGCAUGCAACGCUUCAGCUCCCUCAUUGCAGGCACACGUGGGGAGGAGUUGGUCCUGUUCAGUGUGAGAGUGAGCCGGUUGCUGAGUCUGCCGAAGCAGGAGCAGGAGACUGCUCAGAGUGUCCGCUACCGGGCCUUGCUCUCAGUCAUCCAGCUAAACCACCUCAAGGAGGGCUCCAGCGUCACGGCCGCCUGCCGCAUCUCCACAGCGGAGGCAUUGGAGAUUCUGGCUGGCGAUCACCCAGAGGAUGGCAAACAGCAGAUGCUGUGGAGGAUGAGGACUCAGGCCGUGCUCCGGCUCAGGCACUACUGGGCACCUCACUUCCUGAGCCAAUGCAAGGCCUCGUUGGGGCGCCUGGCCCAGUGCAGGCCUGUGCUGGAGGAGUACCUCCGCUUGGCUUCUUGUGAUGGACCUCAGGUGUCCCCAGUCCUGCCCGGUGUGGAGAAAAGUCAACUGGAACAGUCGGCUGUUAGCCCUUCCUCUUACAACUCGACAAAAAGCAAGAAGCUUCUCUGGAGGUCUCAGCUGGGCUCCAAGAAACCUCCUAAAACUACCACUGGAGGUGAAGGACAGGAGGACACUCCAGGUGUCUGUCAGUGGCUUCCUCUGGAGGGUAAAGGAUGCCUGGAUGGGUGCACCAGUAUCGCACACAACAAAGACAGCGACCUGAUCCCCACCGCCAUGCGGCAUGUUAGCGUGGGCACAGCAGGAGGCUUCCAGCUGUCCAUCCAGGCUUCCCAGGCUGGCAAAGACCAGGUGCUGCCCGACGUGGACGUUCCCCACAUCUGCAUGGGCACCCCUGCCCUCCACGUGCCCGUCAAUGUGGACGUGCCCGCGCCACCCCCCAGUGCCCGUUGCUACGCCCACGUGGGUCCGGCCAUGUCUGCUGACGGAAUGGCCGGGGGCCCCUAUAGGGCGUUUCUGGAGAAGAGGGCCCAGGAGGCGGCGGUACUCCACCUGGCUCUGUGGCAGGAGCUGGAUGUGCUCCUCCACCUCCUGCUGAAAGUGCAGGGCGAGGACUCGCUCCAUGUGCAGAAACAGGUGGUGGCCAGGAGGGUAGCAGACACGUUUCUGAGUGGAGAGGCGGAGAGGAUGCUGUUGAUAGAGAGAAGCACCUGUGCCCGGUUACGCGAGCUCCUGCCUUCUGGGGAAGCUCUUCCUUGGAUUUAUGCAGCGAAACACGACAUUUGUAAGGUUCUCAGCAUCUCGUAUGACUCAUUUUUGGAUGAAGAGGAUACAAAUUUCAGCUCUCAUCUCUUUGGCAGAAUGGAGUCAGCGCGUGUCACCAGAAUGCAGACAGUGCCCUCUAGUGGACAGAACACAGCAGCGCAGCAGUUCAGGCGCAUGACUGAGGCCCUGGCUCUCUCCCGUGGCUGCUGUGGGUAUGCAGACACAGAGCUCCUCUCAAAUGAUACCUGGGUGCUCCUGACAUUGGAGGACGUGGCCAGAGGAGGGUCUAUUCACCUGCAGCCGGGGGCAACUGUGGAGGAUGAGUAUGAUAUGCCAUUUGGUCAGCUAGCCCUGAAGUCCCCUAAAGACGCAGUAGAGAGGAUAAGUGCCAAUUACCAUCUCUACUGUAAGGAAAGGCCGGCAUCAGAUAGACCCACUUCCAGAAAUGUGUCGUCUGCCAACUCAACCAGAAAGGAUUUGAAGAAGGAAAACAGUUUCUACCACACGCCAUCUAUGAGGCCAAGAACUUACGCAGACCUGUUCAGAAACCCCUCGUACCUUGAUUACUUCAAACGCUACCUGCGUUACCAUAACGCCCAUGGUGCUGUGCUCUUCAUCCAGGAAGUGGAACGCCUGCGCUCCAUCGACCCCACCCUAAGUAACAAAGCCGCCAAACUCCAGAGAAGGAAAAUCAAUGCCAUCGUGGAGAAGUAUUUCCGGCGGGAAGAUGCCAUGGAUUACUUGCAGUGCAAUGCAGACAUAAUUAACAAGGUGGUAACCAUGAGACCAGUGGUCUGUGAAAUGCUGUAUACCAUCCAAGAUGUGGUCAACAAGUCCGUAGAGGCUAAAUGGUUUAAGGAGUACCAGGACAUCUUCCCCGUCUGUCCCGUUGUUGUCCCAGACACCGUUGCCAGAGACACCAAAAUCAAAAGCAAACUGAAAAAUGUCUGGAGCAUUCUGAAUCGGUUCAUUAAGGGUGUGUGUAAGUUCAACAAUGGCAUGGAAAACAGUAUCACCCGUGGUGAGUUUGAGCAGUUCCUGCGGCAGAGCUACCUGACCUUCUCUGACCCAAUCGAUGCGAGCCCAAGUCCGUCAUCACAUGACGUGUCAAACACGCACUUGUUGAAAGAGGAGGACACCGCCCCUCUGAAAACGCGCCUUAUCAACAGCAAGCCCAUAAUCGUGGGAUUCCUGGUCAAUGACCUCUCCUUCUUUCUGGAGUGUGAGAGGUUCAGGAGCCUGGCAGACUCUGGAUUGGCUAUGGCUUCUGCCGGCUUGUACGGGGAAAAUGACUACGCCAUGCUUCAUCAGAAGGCUGAUAUGAUCAUCAAACUCUUCCUCAAGGCGGAGUUCUCACCUAAACUCAGGGUAAACAUCACAGAGCUCCAAAGAGACAACAUCCUUAGUCUCUUCAACUCCGGCAGGGUGGACCGCACCCUCUUCUACGUGGCCAUUGUCACUGUCUUCCCCAUCUUGAUGAUCUGCUGGAAGAAGUUUUGCACAUAUCGGGUGAUGAUGACAGCGUUUGGACAGGAAGUAGUGAAGAGACCGAAGAAGGAGGUCAGGACUGCUGAGAGCACGGAUCACAUGGAUAUAAGGAAUGACUGGUACCGUGAGGUCAAGACCAUCAUAUCCCUGACUGAUGAAUAUACCAUUGUGCGCUUCACUGUUCAGCGUGGCCUCAAACUGAUCGUCCCACAGGGCAGGGUUGACAUUAAAGAGUGCCUUGGCAGUGAGUCCCUGGCCAAGUUCUCCAGUGAACUCAGAGGCAUGCCGCCGUUUGCAGCGCCAGAUUCCCUGGGGCUGAAACCCAAUCCUCAGCAGCAGCCUAGUAAUACCCACUUCUUGCAUCCAGAGGGCACCCCUACAUCAGGAGUAAACUGGCCGACUGUUGCUGCUGAGGGGGGUCUAGGCAAAGAGACGGCUACUAUCAUUUCGAAUGAGCGCGUGGAAUAAAAGUAAUUUGCAGCA